AUGCCCCUAGGGAGAGUAAGUAUACGACCAACUGCUGCUGUGGACUACAACCCAGCGCACACGUUUUGUUGCAAAUACGUCCGCAAAGAAACCCAGCUAAGACCUUGGGUGAGACAGAAAAGCUUAGAACAAUUGUCUCAGAAAUCCAUGUCCUUCCACAUUUUGGCUCCGCGCAAGAGUCAGUCGAAAGCCGUCUGUUGCUACGUUCGUACCAGCACCGAUGCUCUAAAGCACCCGUUGGGACAAGAGACGAUGGUGGCCUCAUUCGAAGUGUACAAAAUAGAGCGACUGCCUCGGCGACAGCUUAAUUUCAGCGAAAUCAUUUUGCAUUCGACGGAUACCUAUUGGCCGUCAGGCCGCGCUCAUGCGAGUACAACUCGAACAUGGCUGAAAGCAACUCAACGAGCAGGAAGGCGAAAAUAUUAA